UGUUGGGCUGCUCUGCUGCUGUGCUCUGCGCGCCCCCGUGUAUCAGGGGGGAAUAUACACACGAGUGUGAUGUUUCCUUUGACAGUCUUCUAACACACUCACACACCGAAGCCGACUUUAUUCUAAUUUUUUUUUUCAUCGGGGGUUCGUGGGGCGGGUUUCUUAUCCGUGUGAAAUUGACGCCAACUCAAUUAGUGAAUUAUUUGGAACGAGUUGAAUUUUUAUUUUUAUUACUUUCGCCAACACUGGGAUAUACUUGCGUGCGUCGUGUAGUGUGUGUAGCGUGUGUGUAGUUGUGUGUGUGAGUGUGUGUGGAUAAAUAGUCGGGGGGAAAAACGCUUGAAAACAAGAGCCAAGAUGGCGGCCAACAGUGAUGAUGAUGGAAAUGGUCCUCUUCACCUCUACGAAGUAUUCCAAAAUUGUUUUAACAAAAUAACGUCAAAUAAUCUAUCCAAGCCAGAUAAACCAAAUUUUCCUCCUGCAUACGCUGGAAUGGAUAACAGAAUGGCCUACGGUCCACCUGCAGCUUAUGCAUCAGGCACAGCGGGUCCCAUGGAUGGCUAUGGCAACGAAACUCCAUACUUCCCUUUUGGACAUCCUUCCAGACAAGCCCCCAACUCUGGCCCAGCAAAGAGGAAAAAAGAAGGUGGAAUGACAGAACACACAACGGAUGGAAUGGAUUUAGUGCCUCAGCCAUGGUAUGGAUCGGAGAAUAUGGACUUUCCCCAGGACUCUCCGCGGUACACUUCACCCAAGCCUGGAGGUGGGCUCUACGGCGACUCCUAUUUUAUGGGUGAUGGAUCGACACAUCCAGCAGAUCCGUGGUCAUCCAACGGAGCCGGAGGCGCUCCCUUACAACCCGGCCCAUAUGGUAGCUACGGUGGCCAGCAACAAUCGCAGCAACAAGUCGGGCCAACUCCACCGCUCAUGAACAGUGGGCCCACUGGUGGAGGUGGAGGCAUACCCAACACCCUCAUGGGAGGACAACCCUCUUACCCUGGACAGGGUAUAUUCACAGGUCCUGGUAUGCACGGAAUGGGAUCGGGAGCCAUUCACGAUCCAUCGGGAAUGGGCGGCUAUAACGUCGCUCUGUCGCCAGCCCAGGAUCACAACGGCCCCAAUAAUUUGAUGAGCUCUGGUCUUCCACCCAUGUCAACGUUUCGCAACUCAGCUACGGGACCCAUGGGUGGUCCCGUGUCGCAGUCUGGCGUAGUCCAGGCUGGAUCGGGAGCCACGGUCCAAUCUCCCUCUAUGUACAGCCACAGUCCGAAUUUAGGUCCUCCGCCUGGCCCUGGUGGUCAGACAGGCGACGCUCUCGGCAAAGCUCUCGCUUCGAUAUAUUCCGCUGACCAGAGCACGAGCAGUUUCAGCUCGCAUCCCACUACACCCGUCUCAUCGCCUCCUCCCUUGACGUCGGUGAACCAGCCACAGUGGAAUGGGCCUCCUCAUCCGCACACGCAUCCAGCCGGAGUAGCCAACACCGCCUCUCCCCUCUACAAUGAGCGCAAUCUCCACAUGGCUCGUCGCAUGCCCGAGCAAGAGCGACUGGACGAUGCUAUUGGCAUUCUUAGGAAUCACACUGAGAGUCUUACGAGUCCGUUAAAUGGCAAUUUUCAUCAGGCGACCACUCGGAUGGAAGAGAGACUGGACGAUGCCAUCAACGUGCUCCGGAAUCACGCCGAAUCGGUAGGCGGUGGUGGGCCGCAAUCUGCGUUACCCGGUGCCGGACCUUCACCCGCCUUGUCACAUUCCAACGGCAUCAUGGCCGCCUACCCGCCCGUCCUUGAACCUCUCAUGGGCGGACAUCAUCCGGUCAGCAGCACAGUCGGGCACCCAUCGUCUUACGGCAGUUUGGGCCCCGCCUCUCUUGGUGGCUCCCUCCACGAUUCCGUGAAUCGGCCGAUGGUCGACGGCCUGCCUACCACAGUGAAAGCUCCUCCUACAAGUUCAAAAAAACGAAAAGAUCCAGACAGCAGCGAAGCCAAAUUGGGGCUCGACGGACGUAUUUCAUCGCUGGGCGGAGCUUCAGCCAACACCCCGACCUCGUCAAGCCACGGAGGCGCAAGCAAGAGCAGCAAACGCUCUAGGAGGUACAGUGCUGGUAGUGAUGACGAGGAUGAUGACGACGACGAAGGACUGGAUCCUGCCGUCAAAGUUGUCAAGGAAAAGGAGAGGCGGCAAGCCAACAACGCUCGCGAGCGAGUGCGGGUGAAAGACAUAAACGAAGCGUUCAAGGAGUUAGGCCGCAUGUGUCAAAUGCAUCUCAAGAUUGACAAGACGCAGCCCAAGUUGACGGUGCUUCACCAGGCUGUCGACGUCAUCACUCAGCUGGAACAACGUGUUAGAGAGAGGAAUUUGAAUCCGAAGGCGGCUUGCUUGAAACGACGCGAAGAAGAAAAAGCAGACGACGGAUCGGCCAAGGGAAUGCAAGGCCCGCCUCAUUUGGGCGGCGGAGGAGGUGCUGGCGGUGGGGGACCUCCUCCCAUGAUCCCCUUUGGAUCCAUGCCAUCCUCCUUUUGAUCUAGCAACUCGCUGGUGUGUGCAUUGUCGAACUUAGCUGCCCGCAAAAACCGUGACUUCACUAAACUAUAGCGGACAAACCGCCAAUCUUAUGUCGACCGCGCAGUGAUUGCUUAUUUCGGAGGGGAAAAAAAUCCAUUUUGUUUUUUUUUUCUAAAUUUUGUUCACCUGGAAAAAAAGUAAGAAAAGGUGUGGAAGUUUCUUGUUACCGGGGGGGUAUAUCAGUUAAAUGAUGUGUGUGAGUGUGAUGUUUGCGUCUUUUGAAUGUGAUUUGUUUCCGAUUGGUGCUUCAUAUUCCUCCGUAAGUUUCUUGGGCACCUCAUUCACUGAUGUAAAAGAUGAAACAACUUUGCGGAAGAAAAUAAUAAGACUAAAGAAACCGGGCAGCAACACAUUUCCUCGCUCCACCACCCCCCUCAUCUGUUUACAAUGACAUCUUUGGCUGAAGAAGAAAGAAAGAAACAGAAAAUUUGUUGACGCGACCGAGUACAUAUUAUGCAAUCUUUAUAACUGCUGAACUGUUGCUGCUCGCCCCCCCAUUUGAAAGAAAAAAGAAAAGAAAAAAAAACUCGUCGCUCGUUAAACAAAAACGAUUGUAUAGAAUUAUUAUGUCUUCUCUUUAUAUCCCCUCGCCCCCCAAUAUUAUCUCAUCACAUUGACGUAGCUGCGACAACGCAUCAAUUUUUACGUUGUGGAAAAGAAAAGCAAAAAGGCGCAAAAACAUAAACACGCUCUGCCGUUGAAACGGAGUUGUCAUUCAUCACUGAUUCAUUAUUAUUAUUUUUUCAAAAUAUCCCAGACGGUGUUUGCAUGUGUGCGUGAAUGUGUGUGUGUGUGUGUGUGUGUUUUUGCUAGAACGUUUAGCGUUUUCUCUUUCUUCUUUGUUACAUCCCCCUCCCCUCGUCUCUUUCAAAUCUCUCGUCUCCGAUAAACAGCGUGUCGUUGCACUACCCCCACAACAUGUCGGAAUAGCUCCUGAUGGUCUAGCUGAGUAGCUUUAUUACGAGUAGCUCGAGUUUUUCUUUUAAUUUGCCACGCGUUUGAAACUUAUGAUUUUGACACCUACUUUUUGCUCACCUGCAGCUGGUUCAUUAGCCACAUUUCCUUAGCGUUUGGUUUCUGAUUGUAUGUGCCCUCCCCUCCCCCUUUUCCCCAGCAUCCCUCAUCAGCGUGCCUUUAUUACCCCUCGAGUUCGAGCACAACAUUCGGACAAGCCUAACCCUAAAAAAAUUAACACACAGCAGCUGCGAAAGCGAACGUAAGGCCCCUCCCUCCAAUCACCCAGGACAUAUCAGUUUCUCUUGAUCCGAUGGCAGAUUCAUUACACUGUCGUUUGUGCAUCUUCCCAUUUAUAUAUCCCGUUAUAUAAAUCCCCUUUUUUUCCCCCACAUCGUUUGAAGCUUAAGAGAGGCCUCCUCGGGCACUGAAGUACUUUAAUAGAAGGCGAGAGAAAUGCAUAGCCAGCGAUCUCAAAACGAAGACAGUGCAUGGACUAUGGCAGUUGAGAGGAGGAGGCCUCAGUAUUUCAAAUCCAAACCAAGAAAAAUCCUCCUUUUUACAGCGACAUUUUCCCCCGAUUUUUCGAUUUUUAUUUAAUCCUAAACGACGUCUAACUGAUGAAAAAAAAGCAUCUCAAGUCGGUUGCGUCGAAUGUAUUCCUUCUCGUUAUUUCCUUUUCCAAAUUUUCUCUGUCGGGAUUUUGUCAUCCGGAUUGUUCUGGCCUAAGGCAUUCAUAAUCAAGCAUACAUUGUUCCAUGACACCUCGGGAGGCAUUUGUGGGGUUCUGUGCGUCCAUUUUCCUUUGCGUUUUAUUUCCCUCUUUUUGGUUUAUCUGACGGGGGGUCAUUGGUGUUUUCCAGUUCAAUCGUCUCAGAUGGAUUUUUUUGUUUUUCAUUCAGAGAAAACCCGUGGCUUCCACACACACACACGCCCCUUAUUACCCCCUUGAAAAAAAAACUUGUUUACAGUUUUGCUUUUUUUGAAUGAGUGUUUUUGGAUUCGGAAGACAAAUAGAUGCCAGACGUCAAGUCUUUUCCAUAGCUAUCGUUGAUUAAAUGUGUGCGUUCCCUCCCGAUCGGUUUCAGCUGCAUUUGCCUCUUAUUAUAAAAUGGUUUAACACACAACACACACACACACACAACAAAACCAUAUUAUUUUCAGCUGGAGCACCGUUUAUUACAUCCUCAACCCUCUUAUGUGUUUCAUGUAUUCCUCUGGAGAAUAUUUCAAACCGUUUUUUUAUUAUUUUUGUUUUUUUCUUAUUUCUCUCUCCUCGAUUUGCCUCUUGGUUCUUCAUCGUUUUUAAAUCAUCCUUGCCGACCCCUCAUCGAUAUCAUAUCUUAUAUUGAUUGUUUUUAUGGUAUUCUUCUUUGCUAUCGAGAUACAAUCCUUCCCCCCCCCCUCUCGCCCUAUUCAUUCUGUGCGCAUCGUUUCUCUCUCUCAUCCAUGGAAGUUGUAAUAAACGUGCCAUUGCCAUUUUUUGAAA